AACUGUAAAGAGUCAUGUGUGAUGACGAUGAAACCACAGCUCUAGUCUGUGAUAAUGGCUCUGGGCUUUGUAAAGCUGGAUUUGCUGGUGAUGAUGCUCCCCGGGCUGUUUUCCCAUCCAUCGUUGGACGACCUCGACAUCAGGGGGUCAUGGUAGGCAUGGGUCAAAAAGACAGUUACGUUGGGGAUGAAGCACAGAGUAAAAGAGGAAUUCUGACUCUGAAAUAUCCCAUUGAGCAUGGGAUUAUCACUAACUGGGAUGACAUGGAAAAAAUUUGGCAUCAUUCCUUCUACAAUGAACUGCGCGUUGCCCCAGAAGAGCAUCCUGUGUUGUUGACAGAAGCUCCCUUAAACCCCAAGGCUAACCGAGAAAAAAUGACUCAGAUCAUGUUUGAAACAUUCAAUGUACCAGCGAUGUAUGUGGCCAUACAGGCAGUUCUCUCUCUAUACGCAUCAGGCCGAACUACUGGUAUAGUCCUAGACUCUGGGGAUGGCGUCACACAUAAUGUGCCAAUCUAUGAAGGUUAUGCCUUGCCACAUGCCAUCAUGAGACUGGAUCUGGCUGGGAGAGAUCUCACUGACUAUCUCAUGAAAAUUCUUACAGAAAGAGGCUAUUCUUUUGUAACUACUGCUGAGCGUGAGAUUGUGCGGGACAUAAAAGAAAAGCUCUGUUACGUGGCCCUGGACUUUGAGAAUGAAAUGGCUACUGCAGCUUCCUCUUCUUCCUUGGAGAAGAGCUAUGAACUUCCUGAUGGUCAAGUCAUCACUAUUGGCAAUGAACGGUUUCGAUGCCCUGAAACACUCUUCCAGCCUUCUUUCAUAGGAAUGGAGUCUGCUGGUGUCCAUGAAGCUACAUAUAAUAGCAUCAUGAAAUGUGAUAUUGAUAUCCGCAAGGAUCUCUAUGCUAAUAAUGUGCUCUCUGGAGGAACCACCAUGUACCCUGGCAUUGCUGACCGUAUGCAGAAGGAGAUUACAGCUUUGGCUCCAAGUACUAUGAAGAUCAAGAUUAUUGCACCACCAGAACGUAAAUAUUCAGUUUGGAUUGGGGGCUCCAUACUGGCAUCUCUGUCAACCUUCCAGCAAAUGUGGAUUAGCAAAGAUGAAUAUGAAGAGGCUGGUCCCUCCAUUGUCCACCGCAAAUGUUUUUGAAUGUUUUUGAGAUUUAUUGUAAGGGAUAUCAUAUGGUGUUUUCCGGCAUAAUUUCUUGAAGCAUAGUUGCCUUCACUGCUUUUGCUGAAGACAUAAUGAAAGGUCAUGUUGAUUGUGAAGAUGUCAAUUCUGGAUGCAGCCAAUUUUGCAUUCCACUGAUAUGGGUAACUUUGAAUGGGCAGCAA